AUGAUAACUUUGGGGAUCGGCAUAGGGACUGCCGUAUUUCUAAUUAUCUCAUAUGCUAUAUAUUUCUUACUACGACCAUAUAAUCGCAUACGGAAACUCGGCGAUGUUGGGCUGUUCCUGGGUAAACCAGAGAUGAAAGGCGUAUAUCGCGAACGGCAAAUCACGAGGCUCGCCAAACUGCGACGAGUUGGCGAACUGCCACCUGUUUAUCCAAAUGGAUGGUAUUGUAUAGCUGAAUCAGACGAGAUAAAACCCAAGUGCAUAAAAGAAAUCACUAUAUUUGGUCAAUUUCUAACACUGGUCAGGUCAGAAAGUGGACAAGUACAUCUGAUUGACUCCUACUGCCCCCACAUAGGUGCGAACUUCAAUAUAGGUGGGAAGGUUGUAGAUGACAACUGCGUUCAAUGUCCUUUUCAUGGGUGGGUGUUUUCGGCUGAAACCGGUAAAUGCACUCGAAUACCGUAUGACAAUGGCACCAUUCCGGAACAGGCAAAGGUUGCAGUCUGGCCCGUUACAGAGAGAAAUGAGCACAUUUAUGUUUGGUAUCACUGCGAUAAAACUGAUCCGGAGUGGGAUAUUCCCGAAUUUGACGAAAUCGUAAAUGGAGAAUGGACCUAUGGCGGUAGAACUGAGCAUGAGAUUAUGUGCCAUUGCCAGGAAAUUCCGGAAAAUGGUGCUGACCUCGCACAUCUGCAUUACCUUCACCUUUCUGGACCCAAUAGAGGUCAAAAUGUACUGGACAUUGAUCUCGAUAAUACAAAGCCAUUGAUUCGCCACACAUGGGAUGGAAAAUGGGUGCCCAAAACUGGAGACGAGGCCCACGCCUCGGUUAUGUAUCUGGAUCAGUUUCUAUCCAUUGCUGGCUGGAGAAUACCUAUGACAAGCAGCAAACUCAGAGCAGAACAGCUUGGACCUGGAAUUGUUCACAUGAUUUUCGACUUUGGAUUUCUUGGACGCGGUGUAGUGCUCCAUCAUGUCACACCACAAGAACCUCUGCAACAACUAGUACGAUUCAAACUGUACUCAAAUAUGCCGCGGUGGUUUGCGAAGUUCCUCCUGAUUAGUGAAGCUACCCAGUUUGAACGAGAUAUUUGGGUAUGGUCCAAUAAGAAAUAUAUCAAGAAUCCGAUUCUGGUGCGUAAUGACGGACCUAUACAGAAGCACCGAAGGUGGUACUCGCAGUUUUACAAGGAGAACAGUCCUCGAUUGCUUCCGAAUGGUGAUGUAUCUAAUAGACCAAAAUCAAUCUAUGACUGGUAGAUGAAUUGUAUACUUACGUUUU